AUCGUUUAAACUUUUAUUCCUCAUGUAAGUGUGGUGCAGAAUAAAAGAAAAUACAAUAUAAUAUAUUGUGUGAUUUUUGUUUUCUUUGAUUGAUUUGAUAGUUGUUGCAGGACGAGUAGGUGAUGAGGCAAAUCUUGCGCUACAGUUUAGUCAGUACACUACUGAAAUCCACAAUGAGAAGCCACACGUACAUUGAUUCUUUAGGCUCGGCCAGGAUAAUGGCCCAAGUCUUAGAUGGAAAAUCACUAGCUAAAGACAUUAAAGAUGAACUUAAAAUCAAAAUACAAGAUUGGAUAAACCAAGGUCAUCGGGCACCAUCUUUAAGAUGCAUUAUUGUUGGAGAUGAUCCUGCUAGUCACACAUAUGUAAAGAACAAAAUAGAAGCGGCAAGGUAUGUAGGCAUUGAUGCUGAAACCAUAAAGUAUGCAGAAACUUUAACUGAAGAAGAACUAAUUAAUGCCAUCAAAGAGUUAAAUGCUGAUGAUAAUGUAGAUGGUAUUCUAGUUCAACUGCCUGUGCCCGAAACAAUGGAUGAAAGAAAAGUCUGCAACGCAGUGACACCAAAGAAGGAUGUUGAUGGUUUCCACAUUAUCAAUGUAGGUCAACUUUGUUUGGAUAUGCCUACUAUUGUUCCAGCAACUGCUCUUGCUGUAAUUGAAAUGCUCAAAAGAUUUAAAAUAGAAACAUUUGGUCGAAAUGCUGUUGUUGUUGGAAGAUCGAAAAAUGUUGGCAUGCCAAUAGCCAUGAUGUUGCAUUCAGACAAAAGACACGAUAGUGGACUGGGUAUGGACGCGACUGUGACUAUAUGCCACCGAUACACUCCUAAAGAGCAACUGGAAUUGUACUGCCGAAAUGCUGAUAUCAUUGUUACCGCUACAGGUAUACCGAGUCUUAUCAAAGCCAACAUGGUGAAACCGGGAGCUACUGUGAUUGAUGUUGGUAUCAGUAGAAUAACAGAUGAGCAAGGAAAGACUAAAUUAGUUGGAGACGUUGACUAUGCAGAAGUAAGCAAGGUCGCCGGUGCCUUAACUCCAGUCCCCGGCGGGGUGGGUCCAAUGACAGUCGCAAUGCUGAUGCACAACACUUUCCAAGCCGCUCAGACUCUGCGCCAAUAAAACGGAUUCUGUGAGUGAUUGACACCUUUUAUUCGACGAAUCACCGUCUACCUACGCGCCGUAUCUGCCUUGCAUACUCUAUGGCUGUUCUUUUGAAGUAUUGAAUCAUAUUUUUAGCGCAAAC